GACUCUCAAGCCACGAUGUACAGAAACUUGCGGGAACAGCGCUUGGCUGCCCUGAAGGCCAUCCUUUGGGACGAAGAGAAAGGUGUCUGGUUUGACUAUGACCUUGAAAACAGAAAGAAGAACCGAGAGUUUUACCCAUCCAACCUUGCUCCUCUCUGGGCGGGCUGCUUCUCUGACCCAGACGUCGUGGACAAGGCUCUGAAAUACCUGGAGGACAGCCAGAUACUGACCUAUCGAUACGGAAUCCCAACAUCUCUCCGGAAAACGGGCCAGCAGUGGGACUUCCCCAGUGCCUGGGCCCCCCUCCAGGACCUGGUCAUCAGAGGUAGGAGGCAGGGAUGGGACAUACCCCAGGACCUUACCGCCUGGGUGUAG